ACUGCUAUCGUGCAUUCGUUUGACAGUUGACAGAUAGUUGUUUACAUUUUCUGGUUUCAAUUAUUGUGCUGUGUGUUUUCCGUGACUUGCGAUAAGUGAAAGUGAUAUUUCGUGUUGUGCAUUUCCGCGUGUUUUCUCGCCCAAAUUUUCCCUAAACGUGUUGUGUACCGCAAUUCCAUAGAAGCAUGUCGGUAAUAAACGAAGAGGUCGACGAUAACGAGUUCUUCCAGCAAGACUUCACUACUGCCUCCGACUGGGAGCUAUUCAACGCUCGGCUGGAGGAAAUAUUCCAUGAAUGGAAGCUCUCGUUCGGAAAAAGCACGUUCCGGAAGCUAGGACUGCACGAGCUAGCGAACUGCACCUGGAAUGUGGCACGCGAAACGAUCAAAUUUGCGGAUGUAGAGCUGCAGGUUGUACAUUACCGUGCGGUGCUUGAACCUGAACUGGAAGGUAUAGAACCAACGGAACCUGCGACCGGAUGUCAAACGUUUGUGGAUUUGAUGUCGAUCGAGAAUGAUUACUGCAUGGCGUAUGGUGGGCAGCGAUCAGCGGAUGCUAAUGUUGAUGAGCGGAAAUUGCAUCCGCUUGCGCAGUGGUACGGAUUGCGCGAGUUUGUGAUCGUUAGUCCGUUGAAGAAAUCGAUCUCUAACGAAAGUCAGAUCCGCAUCCUGAUGAGCUCGGUGCAUAUUGCGGUUGCGGAAAGUAGUUGCGAUGUGCCUGUGUUUGUGCAGGCCAUGGACAAGGUGCAGCACGUGUAUCUGGGCGUCUGUGAGUCGGGAUCGGUGCGGAUGUUGUUCGAUAUUGUUCAUCUGCACCUAACGCCACCAACCUGCAAGUAUCUGUCCGGGCUGUUAGAGGUAUUUAAAGGGAAGAUUGGAGUAACUUACUUGGAUUGUGUCGUAGUUUCGGUUCGCUUUACGUACCAACUUACACGCUUUCUUUCCGGAAGCUAUAUCAGUGACAAGAGUGUCCCCUUUACUGAGAACUGGCCCACCAGCAUCGUUUCGCUUCCAUUCGGCGUAACAAUCGAUCCGGUUGCUGAGUUAACCGUCCACUGCACUUGGCCCCAGGUAGCAGACAACGUCGUGGUCGACUCACAAACUUAUUCCGACUUUGAUCCUCUAACAGCACCGUUUUGGAGUCUUCGGGCACACUUCGAAGACACACCUGUGUGCUAUCUGACCGACUGUCUGCAGGAGUACCUGCAAAUUUCCGACUCUCAGCGUGCCCUUACCGAAUACUUCAGCGAACUCGCGUUCUCCACAAACAUGCCUCCGAUCGCGGGUGCUAAUCCGCUCGAUAUACUUACGGAAUCCAAAAUCCCACAACUUUCUUCCGUUCUCCCUGCGCGCAUUGGUACCCCAAAUACGUCACCCACUAAGCUCGAGGGCCCAAUAAACGAAGAGCUAUUGAAGGAUAUGCUUUACUAUCUGUUUCCGGACGCACAGAAGGAACCCCGGUGGCCAUACGCACCCCCCGUGUCCAGUCCGGCCGAGUUCGAUCCGAUGCGCAUUAAAUCGGCAAAUCCGGACUCGUUGGUGCAUCGGUUGGCGACAUUGCUGGCGUUGUGCAAUGCGAGCUUCGGUGGAAAACGCGCGGUUGCCCAGCUGUGGGCCGAAUUUGCACAGGAGAUGCGGUAUCGCGUGGAACGCUGCAUUCAAAUACCGGGCGUGGCCAGCGGUUUCCCGGACUCAAGAACCUGCUUGCUACACCAGAAGCUUCAGAUGCUGAACGUGUGCAUGGAACGGCGCACACUACGUGACGGUGGACUCCCGUUUGCGAUGCGCCCAGGUACCACAACAACCGCAGGAAGCGGAGGAUCGUCGGCAGGUCCAGGAGGAGCUGGCGGUGAUCAGUCGGAUGAAGAGUUCUUCGACUGUUCGGACGAUGAGCAAGAGUCGGGUGCAACGGGACGGUUGUCGCGGCUCGGCAACAUGCUGCUCGUGCACUCGGAUGAACCGUUGUAUAUUCCAGUCACGCAAGAACCCGUCCCAAAGACGGAGGACCAGUUGGAGGACGAUGCGGAGGUGAUGCUGAAACUCGGACCCGGCAGUGAGCUCUGCACGCAGAUGAUGAGUGCCUCGCUGCUGUCGGACAUGGAGAGCUUCAAGGCGGCUAACCCUGCCGGACAGCUGGAAGACUUCAUCCGGUGGUACAGUCCGCGCGAUUGGAUCGAGGAGGAACCAGUCGAUGAGCAAGAUCCAUUUGGACGGAAGGGACGUCUGAGCGCACGGAUGCUUAUUCCCGGCAACACUUGGCAGACGGUUUGGGAAGGUGCUCGUGCGGUUCCAGCUCGACGACAGAAGAGACUCUUCGAUGAUACACGCGAGGCAGAGAAAGUCCUCCACUUCCUAGAGUCGCGUACGAUCGGCCAGAUCGCUCAGCUUACUAUAGCAACACUUUUCCACGUCGGCGUUCUAACACUAACACAACAAUCCGACGCGGAACGCUCAGUAGUUCCCCAGUACGAUGAAACAAUCGACAGGAUUACAGCGGCCUGCUGUCGCUUGUCACGAGAAACCUGGACUACCGUUGCGGAACGUGGGAAGGGUCCAACACCGACGCCAAGGGUCAACUCCCAAACAAAGUACGAACAGCAACUGCUUGCCGAGAUGAUGCAGCUCGAAUGCACAGUCACACAGGCACGCAGUUUACGCCGAAAGCUCUACGCGAGCGAAAGCUCUCCGGUCGAUGAGCAAAAGCUCGCGCAACAGAAAAAGCUUAUUUGUGAUUUGCUGCAAGCACGUGAAACAAAUCUACCAGAGGGCGUCAGUAAUCCGAUUUCCGGUCGACUGUUGCUGUUGUUCGAAGAGGCACGAAGGGCCGCGAAUGAGCAGCAGGGAACAAGUAUCGAACAGCAAUCGGGUGGCAAUACCCUGCCGGAUCCAAUCGAAAAGCAAUUCACGCUGCGGCUUAGUGGACAUACCGUUAGUAAGGGUGUUGGAUCUCCGCAAUUCUUAAGAGCAAUUCUAAUGCCACAAGAGUUUCGGCUGUGUGGAGCCUUCAGCCAUAACACCACAUUCUGCUAAAAGUAUUCCGCCGAUAUUCAACCGACUUCACAAAGAUGGCAUUACAAACUGUAACCUAAUCUAAUCGCGUUCUGGGAUUAAGUAUCCAUAACAUUACAUGCGCUAUUGCAGGUAUUCCGCCUAUGAAAGACGUUCAAAUAAAACUCUACGAUAUUAAUUCCAAAA